AUGGAAUUCUCUCUAAGAGCUGCGGAACUAACAACUCUAUUAGAAUGUCGAAUUACCAACUUUUACACAGAUUUUCAAGUGGAUGAGAUCGGUCGAGUGGUCUCAGUUGAAGAUGGGGUUGCACGUGUUUAUGGAUUGAACGAGAUUCAAGCUGGGGAAUUGGUUGAAUUUUCCAGCGGUGUGAAAGGAAUAGCGUUGAAUCUUGAGAACGAGAAUGUCAGAAUUGUUGUCUUUGGUAGUGAUACCUCUAUCAAAGAAGGAUAUCUUGUCAAACGUACUGGAUCUAUUGUGGAUGUUCCUGCGGGAAAGGCUAUGCUAGGGCGUGUGGUCGACACGUUGGGAGUACCUAUUGAUGGAAGAGGGGCUCUAAGCGAUCACGAGCGAAGACGUGUCGAAGUGAAAGCCCCUGGGAUUAUAGAACGUAAAUCAGUGCACGAGCCUAUGCAAACUAGGUUAAAAGCGGUAGAUAGCCUGGUUCCUAUAGGCCGUGGUCAACGAGAACUUAUAAUCGGGUGUCGCUUGCGUGAAAAUAAGGUGUCGGCAUGA